AUGCUCCCAGCAAGAUCAAUCCGAUCAACACCCCUCCUCCGAAUCAGACCAUCCCUCUCCAUCCGGCCUGGGAUUUCCGUUCCGCAGACACACCCAUACUCGCCAUCACCAUCAUCAUCAUUGCGAUGUCUGAGCUUUCAAUCAAGACCCACCACACCGGUAUCUAGGAGGAUACCAUCGUCGGUGACGGGUGUGUCGCGUCGUUUUGCAAGCUUGAAUUCUUCGUCGGGAAAGUCGGAGGGGGAUUUACUCGUUGAGGAACUUCAGGAAUUGUAUGAAGUCGCAAAAGAUGAAUUCGAAAUCGCAACCGAUAGCACCGACGGCGCUACCAUCUACGCUGCCUCGGAUCGGGAAUCCGCCCGUGACGCCCUGAAUCAGUUCGUUGCCGUUUACUCCCUUUACACAACGGAUAUUGCUCCGGCGAGGGAGUCGCAUGGUGCGCAGCAGCAGCAACAAAACGACGGGGAGGGACAGUUGAUUACGACCAAUUAUGAACCGUCCGAGAUUUCGCCUGAGGUGCGGGAGGAGGUUAAAAGGAGAGUCAGACAGAGGGUGAGGGAGUUGCAGACUGCGGUUGAGGCUUUGGAAGAGAGAGCCAAGGCGGAUUAA